AUGGAAGAAUGUGGAUUCCUUCACUGGCAGUCUUCUGGUCUUGCCCAAGGACACAACGACCGAGACUGUCCAAGCCGGGGCUCGAAACCGGCAACCUUCCAAUUACAAGGCGAACUCCCAACUCUUGAGCCAAUCGCCACAUUGUUGGGACCAGAAAGUACAUUACACAUUAUUCUGUUCUGUAAGACUGACCAGACGUGUCUGUCACUGCUGCUCUGUAUUUCAGACCACAAGAACCACGAGUUUGUUCCUCUGAAGGACGAAUAUGAAGGAAAGAAGGCAGAGCUGGAGAAGACAGAGGCUGAAAUUCAGCAGAUGAUCCAGAAGAGACGACUGAAGAUUCAGCAGAUCAAAGAGUCAGUGAAGAUGAGUAAAGGUGCUGCAGACAGACAGAAAGCAGAAGGUGUUCAGGUCUUCACUGCUCUAAAGAAGUCUGUCGAUAAAGACCAGAAGGAGCUCAUAAAGGAGAUCGAAGACAAACAGGAAACAACAGAGAAACACGCUGAAGGUCUGAUCAAAGAUCUGGAACAGGAAAUCUCUGAGCUGAAGAAGAGAAGAUCUGAGGUGGAGCAGCUCUCACGCUCUCAAGACCACCUCCACCUACUCCAAAGCUUCUCGUCCCAGAAAGCUGCUCCACCCACCAAGGACUGGAGAGGAGUGAGUGUCCGUCCACCAUCAUACGAGGGGACUGUGGUGAGAGCUGUGGCUCAGCUGGAGGAGACGCUCAGGAAACUCAUGAAGAAGAAGCUGUUUGAGGCUGAGCUGAAGAGGGUCCAGCAGUAUGCAGUGGACGUGACUCUGGAUCCGGAUACAGCAAAUUCUAAACUCAUCCUGUCUGAUGAUGAAAAACAAGUGCACUGUGGUGAUGUGAGGAAGAAACUUCCUGACAACCCAGAGAGAUUUUCUCCAUGCCCUAAUGUUUUAGGAAAGCAGAGUUUCUCUUCAGGCAGAUUUUACUUUGAGGUUCAGGUUAAAGGAAAAACUGACUGGGAUUUAGGAGUGGCCAGAGAGUCGAUCAACAGGAAGGGAAAAAUCGAACUGACUCCUCAGGAUGGUUUCUGGACUGUGUGGCUAAGAAAUGGAAAUGAAUACAAAGCUCUUGCUGGUCCUCCAGUCCCCCUCUGUCUUCAGUCUGGUCCUGAGAUGGUGGGGGUGUUUGUGGAUUAUGAGGAGGGUCUGGUUUCCUUUUAUGAUGUAGGUCUUAUCCACUCCUUUACUGGCUACUCCUUCAUUCACAAACUCCACCCAUUCUCUGCACCUCUGAUCAUCUGUCCUGUCAAUCAAACUGAGUCGAUCAACGACUGAUUUUAUUUGAUGAACUGAUUGAUUUUUAAUGAAGGGAACAAAUGAACAUAUUCAGUGUAAAUACUCUACAGUCUCCAUGUUUUCUAUAGAAUCUGAUUAUCGGGAACUCUCAUUCACACUUUGAUUUUAUUCUCAUGGUUUUAAAGGUAUAAUUGAGACUCGAGCUGCCAGACAAGAGGAAAAGAGGACCCGAAAGGAGGUUCAUGGAUGUAAUGAAGCCGAGCGUUGGUGUGUCAGUUAAAAGUCUGUCAAUCUGAUUCUAACUGGCUUCUGUUGCGCUUCACUUGCUUUCUCUCCAUGUAACACCACUUAAACGUAGCUGACCACAGUCGCAGCGUCCACUCAGUUAUACGGAGAUGGUGCCCUCUAGUGGUCACGGCAGAGUUCAUCGGCACAAAAUGAGACGUUUGAGUUUUGCUCAGUGUUCAUUUUUAUCAGGUUUUGAGUUUUUGGAGACUUGAAAGAAAAUACUUUAGGUGAACUUGUGUUUUUUAUUUGUGCUCUGAUGAAU